UAUUACACUCGGUGCAAGGACAAACAAUCUAACGAAGCUAAUUUAAUUAUCUCGAUAUCAAGCUUAAUAAUUAAAGUAUACAUUUACAAGUAUAUAAUGCCGUUUAACCGUUUCCUCCUUGUUUUUUUCGUAUUUUUCAAUCGAUUAUUUUUCAAUCGAUUUCACGAAUUCGAGCCUCAACUGUGGAUCGAAUCCCUGAUUCUCAUCCGGAUUGAAAUCUAACGCCAUCGCGCGUGACGCUUCUCUAGAAUUCAAGCGGCAAACGGAACGCAACGAACGUGGUCAGUUAUAAAGUGCCAAGACGCCGAUGUGUAUGAGGCCCCGUCGAGUACUGGCCAAGCAUGUCUGAUCAUUAAUUAACCUUCCAGCGGUUGAUUGCGUGUAACGCGAAAUUCAUCGCCAGCGUAGCCGCCGCCAGGCGCGGCUGCUGCCUUAACGAAUACAAAUGCGGAAUUAUAAUUCGGUGCCCUCUCCUUUAAGUCCAUUCAACAGACGAAGCCUUACGAAUUGCUUUCCCCUUUUGUGUUCCCAAAGGCACGCGAGAUACACGCACGAAACUGUAAAUAAACCGUGGUCGUUAGUUUUUAUUAAUGGAACGAUUAACCCUAUCAUCGAACCGCAAACAUCUGCGAACGAUGCAUCGUUGGGCGAGAUGUUACGCCAUCGAGAGCAGCAACAGCGUGUUUUCGCCCGUUCGAAAACCUGACUCGAACUGACAAUUUUUAUCAAUUAACUUUAACUUUACUCGUUAAUAAAAAUUAAAAAUUUAACUUCUUCGAAACGGAUUCGAUAUCGACGUAAUGUUAUCGCCAGCUAGUUUUACCCCAGCUAGUAUCUACUUAUGCGUGUCUAUUAGGUAUUCUUAAUUAAGCAUGACGAUAAAAAUUAAAACGCAUAUUUUAAAGGCUUAUGAAAAUAAUAUGCAUGGUAUUUAUCAUAAAUUACACGUUUACGCAUGACACCAGGAACUGAGUUCCUCGCUAUGCUGUUGCCAGGACAACGCCAAGUACUAUUGAGUCGAUAAAAUAAGCAGAUUGCUUUGCAAGUUCUCGCGUGGAAUCAUGUCCGAUCCGUUAGCACCUAGUAUGGACAAUAAAUUAAACGAUUUGAAUAAGAAAAUCGUGGAAAUCAAGAAAAAGAUCCAAUUAUCAGAGGGACAAAGGAAAGCGAAUUUCGAAGAAUACGAAGCUAAGAAGCAUGAAUAUGCGGAGAAAAUUACAACUCUCAAGCAAAGCAUCAAAGAACUGUACGUGGAGUACGCAAACACGCAGAACAAUCAGGGAAAAUCGGAGGCGAGACGAGUUCGCACGGGGCGCCAGUCUUCUGCCUAUGGGAAAAAACGCAAUUUAGAUGAGACAAUCGCCAGGGUGCAGGAGGACAAUGUACGGUUAAGAAAGAAGCACGAUCUAAUUAAGUAUCAGCGCAACAAGGUGAGAUACCGAUCUCUCUCUCGAAGAAAAAAAAAAAAAAGAAAAAGAAUUAUUUCGCGCGAGCGUGUAAAUAUUUCUUUCUCUAAGCGGCAGCAGAGACUGCGCUCGUUGCUGGACGAGUACAGUCGAUUAAUGAGCGAUAAGAUGCGCAAGAUAUUUAAGAAGAAGAUAGAGAAUCCGUUGAGAAACAAAAUCGUCAAGUUGGAAGUACGUUUGGAGCAUGUGAGAAUGAUGCAAGUUAAGGCGAAUAUAACGCGUAUGAGAUAUACAUCGAUGUGCUCCGAUCUAAAGAGGAAAUCCGUGUUCUAUGCGUCUAUAUUGAAAAAUUUGGAGGAUGAGAUAAAGGAACGGGAGAACGAGACGAAACGUCUUCAGGCAAGGAAGAAAAUUUCAAUCUUAAUCCUUGAAACAUAA